CUUUGCGUUAGAAACUGAAGAAUAAACCAAAGUAACUCACAGAACAAUGUGACUUUCCGUGCAUCUCGUGUGUGCAGUGGUUCAGGUUAACUGGAGUUAUAUGCAGGAAUAACAGUGUGUGUUUGGAUGGGAGCACAGCAGGAAUGAAGAUGAUGUGGCGCUACUCUGAUGCUAGACGCAUAUAAACGGAGCUGUUUGUGAUGGCUUCAAGACUGUGGAUAAAACUCACACUGAAACGCUGUUCCAUGGUGGCCUUCCUGUCUGUCUUCACUCUGUCAGUGGUGAUGAUAUACACCCUUCCUCCCUUCCCAUCUGACUUGAGUGAAAUGCACCUACUGGGCCCCCGCAAUAACAAACCCAGCAAAAUGGUGGGGAGGCAUUCUCUGAGACCCGUACCAUUACACAGAAGAACAAGGAGUGACCCUGAAAUGAAGGAUUCCACCAAACGUCUCCUGAUGGUCAACCAUCAGCAACUAUCAUUUUCAGUGGAAGAAAUUGUUUAUCUAUCAGCCAAAAAGCCUCUGAGGUUACGCAAGCAUCAAAGACUGUCACAUGACAUAAACAAACAUUCAUUUAGUGCCAAAAGAGGGCAAGCCGUUGAUGCAGUCAACAGUGGAGAGCCAACCAUCCAUCUUCUCCGCUCCAGACAUAACCCAUCAUUGCCUCAGUCUGCCAGUAUGCAAAGCCUCCACCCAAAAAACACGACACGCAGGCACAAAUGCGCACCAGAUGGGGCCAAAGCGAAGAAGCUCGGGGGGAAUUUCACUCACAAACAGCAGGUGCUAAAACUGAAACAGGCGCCUGAAAAGAAAAGGACUCAUGAAAGACUAUCAGAACCUCAUUCUGGAGCGGGAAAUAAGGGUGGGGCCAGCAUGAGAGAGUCAACUGAAUGGUGUGAGACCGUACCCGAUGAGUCUGCCGUUGAAGACUGGAACCAGACCAAAACUGAGUCUCUGCCCUGGCUCAGUGAGGACGAUGUGAAAAAGAUGAGGCUUCUCUCCAGUGGCGCCGUGAUGAGUAAAGAUAGACUUUCAGGCCACGGACAAGUGCUUCGGGUUGGAUUAAAUGACACAAAUGACAUCUUUGCUCCCGCUGGGGCCGAUCAUAUCAAACGCUGCCAGACAGGAAGCUGUGCUCUCAUCAAACGCCCCAGUGACUGGUUUGAAGUGUUUGCCUUUCACCUGGACAGAGUUCUGGGGCUCAAUCGGAGCUUGCCCGCAGUUUUGAGGACAUUUCAUAGUGAUAUUCUACCGUACAGGUACACCAAUGGGUCUCCCAGACCUGUGCUGUGGUGGGAUCCCAACAUCCAGCAUAUGCCUGAUGCUGAAAAUGACCAGAAUUCAUUCGCACUCACCUGGCCACAAUAUCAGACUUUACUGCAGAGCAGAUGUGGCUCUCAGGUGCCUUUAAAUUUCACAAACUGUGUGGGAGUGCAUAACUCAGAAUGGGGACGACUGGCAUUGUUUGACUUCCUCUUGCAGGUAAAUGACAGACUGGACCGGUACUGUUGUGGAUUCAAACCAGAUCCCUCAGAGCUGUGUGUGGAAAACCUUCUGCAUGUCAAAUGUGGAAACCCAAAGGACUUAAACCUGGUGCACAUCCUGGUUCGUAAAACAGAUCCAUCCAGACUGGUCUUUAUUGACAAUGCAGGCAGACCUUAUCAAGCGCAAGACAACCUUAACUUCAGACUGGUUGAAGGUGUUGAUGAGUUUCCAGAGCGAGCCGUUUCUGUUCUGCUGUCAGGAUGUCUAGAAAAGAUGCUCCUACAGUCUCUGUCUUUGGAUCGGGAAUUCUGGGUGAGCAGAGGAGGCCUGUCUGGAUUUAAACCUCUAAUCCACCAAGUGGAGCAAAGAGCCAAGGCCUUGCUGCAGCAUAUACGAGAGAAUAAAUUGAGACUUAACAGAGACCUUUGAAAUGAAUCAGUUACUGAAGGCCUGUGGAAAUCCCUUGCUUUCAAUGAUUUAAAUUGAACAAAUUAAUUCAUGUGUGUGUGUGUUUGGUUUUGAAAGUCAAGACAAUUACACAACAUGGCUAAAAUGAGUGGAGGCAGUGAGUGUUCGUGGAUUUUUGAGUCUUUUUUACCUAAUAAGGGUUGACAAUCCUUGAACUGUGAUUAACUUAUGAGAUGCUCUCAACAUCUGAGAAAAGAGAUUCCAGAUGGUCAUUUGCAAAGCAGGACUCAUGCAGGGGCUUAUUACUGUGAAGAGACCUCAGACGUGAUGUGAUAACCAGACGUGAUGCGAUAAGUCACAUGACGACAAGCAAUUUGUCUGCUGAUAUUGAAUGUGAAACUGAUGCACGACGUGAUUUCACAGCCAAAUAGAAGGUUUGUUUUGUAAUUUACAAAACCAAUAAGAAUCCAGAAGAAUUUUCUUUCUUAAGUUAAACACAAAUCUUUUUAUAUUAAAAUGCUGUCAUAUAAAUUUUUAAUAUGUUGUUAUUUCUAUUAUCAAAAUGGUGAAGCUUCAAAAAGCACAUCCAUCCAUCAUUAAUUGAAUUAAAAUUACUCCGGUGGGUUAAUAACUACCGUAUUAAGUGAAACGAUAUCUUUGUGAGAGAAAAUAAUUCAUAUUUUAAGCUAUUUAUUAAAACUGAAAUGUAUAGUAGUAUGGCAAAUAAAAUAUGGCAAAACUUCGAUAAUUUCAAAUAGCAUUGGUUCACAUGUCUCGUGACAAUUUGACACAUGCGUGUUUUGUCAUGAGACACAUAGUAGUCAUUGAGAUCUUGAGUUCUAGACGUAUCGCCAUUAGAGGUGGAGCUAGAGAUUUAUAACGGGGUGGCCAGGGGGUGGCCAAGGCUACACUGUAAAACUUUACUGUAGGUUGUUGCAGGUUUGCCACAGUUUUAACAGUUUUAAACAUUAACUUACCCAGUUCUUUCGCUUAACAAGACUAAAUAUCUUAGAUCACUUUUCUUGUUAUGUAAAUGUAUCGUAACUUAAGAAGUUUCAAAAAAAUUUACUGAGAAACAAGUCAAAAAUGGACUUGAAUGUCAUUUUUUCCAGUGGUGAUGUGCUAGUGCCAGUCUCUUCUUGCUCAUUUUGAAACUCGUAAGUCAAAUUGUUUUAAUUCUGAUUAAAGUAAAGUUUUACUCAAAUUGAAAACAGUACUAAUAGGAAAGUAAUUAAAUCUACAGCAAGUUACCGGAAAACGUGCUGUAAAACUUCACCAAAGUUUACCGUGUAGGCCUACUUUAGGAGGUACACGGACCAUGCCAGAAAACUAUAAGCUCUCUUAGAAGAACCUCAGCCGGAUUGGGGCUGGCAGAGCUCACAG